AUGGCUGCCAGGACUUCACUGGGGGGCGGAGGGGCGGGCGUCACUUCCUGUCCUUUGGAAAAAAAAAAUCGAGGCUUGCGACAUUUCCGCCGGAAAGCGAUUUCUAGCACUUCCUGUCUCAGAUACGGUAGAGAGUCGCUGUGUGCCCGAAAUCUGGAAAUGGUGAGCUGCUGAUAUUCCUGCGAUCUGUGUGAUAGUAAAUAUCAUUGCUGGGGUAGGGGGAGAGGAUGGAGGGCGAGAUAUUAGAUCACAGAGAUGGGGGAGCACGUGGGUCUGAGUGUGCUCUCUGCAGGCUCACAAUGUGUUACUAAUACAAUGGUCUGCUGGGCCCUGGGCUAUAGUACUCCUAGGAAAACAAACGUGGAGGGACAAUAAUAAUAAUCACUUAGCCAAUUUAUGGACAUUGCAUGCUUUAUCCUUAUUAAUAUUCAUGUAUGUUUGCAAUAUACAAAGGGAAAUUAACCAAAGGGUAUGUAGAAAAGAAAAAUAGAUUUUUUAAUAUAUGUGUUUUUUUAUUUUUUUUUAUUUUGUUUGUGUGCGUAUGCACAUACACCAGCACAAGAGCCUCAUGGUAUUCGUCUCUUCCUGGUCUGUGAAGACAAUUAUUCUGCAUUCCUGUGCUAGUGCAAAAUCUGAACAGAUUUUAAGUUAGUGCGUGUGUGUAUAUAUAAUAUGCACUAACUUAAAAUAGAAACAUAGAACUCUGUUCACAUUUUGCACAGGAAUGCAGAAUAGUUGUCUUCACAGACCAGGAAGAGACCCUGACUACCGUGAGGCUCUCAUUCCGGUCAGUGUUGUCUUAUAACAUCCCGUCCCUGACGUACAAGGUUAUUGGAUAUCUAGGCCGGCCUCCAGCAGGAGCCCCAUUCAUUUUAUUUCUGAUGAGUGAAGCUCCAUUCGUUAAAUGUAUCCUAUGUUGUGAAAGCUAUGGUAACUUGCUCACUAUUAAGACAUUUUCAUGUGCUCGCCCGUGAUUCGUGAGUGAAAUGUACAGCGCUGCUGAAUCUGAUGGCACUAUAUAAAUAAAAUAGUAGUAAUAAAUGUGAGCCCAGGCACUUUCCACUGCAUGUGAUUGCGCUUGGUGCGCUCAAGAGUAUUUCAGUUUAUAAUGGCAGUCUUAUCUGUGCAACCAGAAGAGGGGCUGUAAAUCUAGACAGAUAUCCAGGAACCGAUGGAUAAUAUUAGAAUGUGACGGCAGAUAAGAACCAUUCGGCCCAUCUAGUCUGCCCAAUUUUCUAAAUACUUUCAUUAGUCCCUGGCCUUAUCUUAUAGUUAGGAUAGCCUUAUGCCUAUCCCACGCGUGCUUAAACUCCUUUACUGUGUUAACCUCUACCACUUCAGCUGGAAGACUAUUCCAUGCACCCACUACCCUCUCAGUAAAGUAAUACUUCCUGAUAUUAUUUUUAAACCUUUGUCCCUCUAAUUUAAGACUAUGUCCUCUUGUUGUGGUAGUUUUUCUUCUUCUUUUAAAUAUAGUCUCUUCCUUCACUGUGUUGAUUCCCUUUAUAUAUUUAAAUGUUUCUAUCAUAUCCCCCCUGUCUCGUCUUUCCUCCAAGCUAUACAUGUUAAGAUCCUUUAACCUUUCCUGGUAAGUUUUAUGGAUUGCGGGAUAAAACUUACCAGGAAAGGUUAAAGGAUCUUAACAUGAAUAGCUUGGAGGAAAGAUGAGACAGGGGGGAUAUGAUAGAAACAUUUAAAUAUAUAAAGGGAAUCAACACAGUGAAGGGGGAGACUAUAUUUAAAAGAAGAAGAAAAACUACCACAACAAGAGGACAUAGUCUUAAAUUAGAGGGACAAAGGUUUAAAAAUAAUAUCAGGAAGUAUUACUUUACUGAGAGGGUAGUGGAUGCAUGGAAUAGCCUUCCAGCUGAAGUGGUAGAGGUUAACACAGUAAAGGAGUUUAAGCAUGCGUGGGAUAGGCAUAAGGCUAUCCUAACUAUAAGAUAAGGCUAGGGACUAAUGAAAGUAUUUAGAAAAUUGGGCAGACUAAAUGGGCCGAAUGGUUCUUAUCUGCAUAUUAUGCAAGUCUUAAUGUGGUUGCUGUGAAUUUAUUGACAAUCCCAAUCUGCUUUGCUGAACGGGACUGCGCUUAGUAUUUCUUGGAAUGGGCACCUGCAUGCAGCACUGCAAUCUGCAGAUGAGUUGAUAGUAAGUUGACCUGCGUGCGCAUGCUGUGCAAAUACUCGUAGAGAAGUAGAUCUUCUUGUUAUGAAGUAUGGACAAAAAGGGACUGUCUUGUAUCAAUGCGCCUACAAGGUGCCUUGAAUGCUGACUAAGCAUCUCAUGGACCAACUGCAACAAUAAAGGAUUGGCCGGGUGUGAGAGGUCUUUGAUCUUGGAUUGUAAUCUUGUUUGGGCAGGGCCCUUUUCACCAACCGUUCCAGUAUGUUGAUCCCGUUUUGUGAGAAUUUAGUGAUUUUGUUUACCUAUUGUACAGCUACUGAUUAUGUUGUUGCUAUAUAAAUAAUUGUAUUCCCCGACAGGCCUGCAUGUGGCUCUGUAUUCUGAAUAAAGGGCUCAAUGUUUUUACAAAUUUAAGGUUAAAAAAAGUCCUAUAUUGCAAAACUAUGGUAACUCUCUUACUAUUAAAACUUCCACUUGCUCACCAAUGAUUGGUAAGUGAAAUGUAAGCCGUUGCACUUGGUCAGCUCAGGAUUAUUUCAUUUAUAAUGGCAGUGCUCUCUGCACAAUCAGCAGAAUGUCUGUAAAUCUGGACUGAGGUACCCAGGGCUUUAGCUACUGACCCUACACUUCAUUAAUCCCCUGUACUCUCGCCUAUCACAAAGUCAAUGCCUGGUUGGAAGUUCUUCCUUUGGUGCACAUGGCUCCAGUCUAUCUCCUUCUGCAGAGAGCUUAGAAGUUGUGCCAGUUUGACACAUUUGUAGGUGAGAGAGGCAUUAGCAAAUUCUCUCCCCUAUAAAUCACAUUCAAACUGCAUCCAGUGUGUCAGGACAGCCUUGUUUCUUGGUUUAAUUUUUGCAUAACUUGGCACUGCUCAAUUAGCUUGAGUGGACUCUGAGAACUGACAGUGCUGACUAAAUCUAGCCUGUAUUUAAAAUAUGCAGUAAAUACUUUAUUUGGCAUUCUUAGAUGCCUUAUAUUUCGUAAAAAUGAACUACUGUAUGAUACUAGUAAUGCAUUAUAAAAUAUACAAAAAGGAAAAGGCUGCCUUUUGAAGAUCCCAUAUUUGCUUCAGAUUUUGAAGGAGUUGCUACAUCCUAUAGUAUACUUCUCCCAUUCAUUAAAGGACCACUAUAGUGCCUGGAAAACAUACUCGUUUUCCUGGCACUAUAGUGCCCUGAAGGUGUCCCCACCCUCAGGGACCCCCUCCCGCUGGGCUGGAUGGUGAGGAAAGGGGUUAAACUUACCUUUAUUACAGCGCCGGGCGGGGAGCUCUCUUCCUCCUCUCCGCCUCCGAACCUCCUCUUCGGCCGAAUGCGCAUGCGCGGCUGGAGCUGCGCGCACAUUCAGCCAGUCUUAUAGGAAAGCAUUCGUAAUGCUUUCCUAUGGACGCUGGCGUCUUCUCACUGUGAUUUUUCACAGUGAGAAGCACGCAAACGCCUCUAGCGGCUGUCAAUGAGACAGCCACUAGAGGCUUUAGAGGCUGGAUUUAACCCAUUUAUAAACAUAGCAGUUUCUCUGAAACUGCUAUGUUUAUAAAGAAAAGGGUUAAUCCUAGAGGGACCUGGCACCCAGACCACUUCAUUAAGCUGAAGUGGUCUGGGUGCCUAGAGUGGUCCUUUAAGGGACUUAAUGAACUUAUUCUAUAUAUAUCUCUUUAUGGUAUAUGAAAGGGUUACUCCAACCGCCAUGACUACUUUGGUGAUUUGAAGUGGUCAUGAUGAUUGGAAUCUGUAUGUGCAUCGUUUUGAAAGUAAUUUGCACAUUUUGCUGAGGCUAGUUACACCCCUUCCUCCUCCCCCACACCUUUUAAUUUACCACAGUUGUGGUUCAUUCACAAUAAUCUGCAGCAUUGUUUACAGAUGUGUUUUUUUGUAAUAAGCAACUGUGGUUAGGGUAGUCAUGGCAGAAGACCUCCUGCACCAUAACUAAUGCAAGGGACAUAGGUUACAUGUUGUUGGAGUCUCAAUUUAAGGUGGAAUGUCCUUUUUUUAAAAUUGGUCGUUUACCUUAUAGAUAGAUAUAGGGGUGUGUGUGUGUGUGUGUAUAUAUAUAUAUAUAUAUAUAUGAAUUAGUAUGAUUGGUGCCAAUAAUGGUCAUCAUCCCUCAGACCUGAUGAUGCAUUUUAUAUGUUCUAGUAUUUUUAAGCCAAUACAUUUUGAAUCUGGAUAGCUUCUUGUUCAAAUGUUUAAAGCUUCAAAUCUCACUGUUUUUCAGUCUCACACAAUCCUGCUCGUUCAGCCCACCAAGAGGCCAGAAGGAAGAACCUAUGCAGACUAUGAGUCGGUUAACGAAUGUAUGGAAGGUAUGUAUUAAGAAAUGUUUUGUAGUGCUGUCAUAUAAAAUGGAUGUUGGCAUUUAUCCCCCAAAUGACUCCCAAUAACUAGAUUCUCAAAGUGCAGUGCCAAUAUAAACAUGCAUCUGAUGGUUCUAUUCCUCUAUUGUAUGGGAGAAAACAGAGAGGAUAGGUGGUUGGAUUAUAUAUGAGAAGAUGCAGCUGUUUAGUAUUCGUGUUUCUGACUGGUGUGCCAUGGAGCACCCGGCACUAUAUGUUCUUGAAUGUGUCUAGUUUUAAUCAUCAGUUAUUCUUUUAGAAAUUUUAACUCUGGUUUUUAGCACCAAAUCUACUUUAGAUUAACGAAGCAGUUAUAUUAUAUACGUUAUACGCCUCACUCUUCAAAUUUCUGCAGCUUAGGUAUUAAAUCAAUUUGUUCAUACAUAUUUCUGCUUGAAAUGCUGCACCCAAAAAUUUGCAUUUUUACACUUAUUUUCUGACUGCCUAAUGUCAAUUCUGUGCAAAAAUUACAUCUGUCAGCAGUGUGUUGGCAACAAGUGUAAUGAACUUCUACCCAACAGGGCUGCCAGCAAAGGUAAACCAUUCUCAUCCCUAUGCGCAUUCAUAGUGAUUUGUUUUAUAUUUAUUUUUUAAUACCUCCCGGUGCAUACGCUCUGUGUCGCUAGAAUGAUCCAAUCAAAUGCUUCUGAGACCAGAGAUGAUGACAGAUUUUUUUUUUUUGUGUUCAGAAUCAAAACUUCAGCUUCUGUAACUCUGAAUCUGCAGAAAGGAAUUUCAUGGUGUGUAUAGAUCAGAGAUAUAUUCCCACAUAUCCCUAUUGCGGUAUUUCUGAAAAUACACCAUAAGUGGAUUGAAGAUAUUUCAUUGAUAUUCAAAACACUCCCAUAAGAGCAAUUUUUAGGGGACGAGGCAUUCCCUAAAGAUUGGCUACUUAUUGCUAAUCUGGGCGGUUGCCCUUUAAGUCAGGUAGCUAGCAGAGUGCUACAGCAACAUGGUUGGAUACGGAGACUAUAAUGUAUUUUCUUCUUCUCCAGGAAACUUUAUUUUUAUUUUUUUGAGGUUUGUGUUAACCUUAAAACGUUACCUCUGCAUCUACUGCACUCAAUAAAGGAAAGGGCAAUUCUAAUAAAGCGAAAAUGCCUCCAUAAGAACAUGAAAUGAGAUUGCUGCGAUGUCUGACCUCUUCAAUUUUUUGCGGUCAACUGGGCAAAAUCUGGUAUAGGCAGCUACAGUGGAAAAUUCUCUAAUGGGUCAAAAUGUGGAAAUCUUGGAUUUCUGUCUCCCAGACUCUCUUCGAAAAAAAGCGGAAGAUCGGCCUAUCUGGUGGACAAUGUCAAGUUUUUUCCGACAAGUCUGUCCUUUCAGCAUAUAGGAGGAGUAAUUUUCACUGCAGAAUGCAUCUAACACAGGAUAGGUCGCCUAUCUAAUUUCCCUAAUGUGCCAGCGUUCUUGGUCGUAGGGAAACUAAUCCACUAAUUUAGAGCUCUUAAGGCAGUUCUUCACUCCCCUCACCGAUUCAGAUCUUGGUUGAUUUGAGGGACCUAUUACAAGGUGGUCAGACCACGACACGGUUUCCUUCAUGUCAACAGACAGGAUGCCAGAGGCAAGGUCUGUUUCAGCUAUGUACCAAAACGGUGUAUUGGGCUCAGGAUCUCUGGGAGGUCCUCUCUCCAUUACACUCAUGUGUCGACAUUGUCAACCUACAACCUCCGCACAAGAAAUUGGGAUCAAGAGUAAUGGUCUAUAAAUCCGAUUUUUAUGUUCACGGUCUACAGAGAUUUGGAGUGCCCGGAUAGACCUUAUGGCAAAGAGGGAGAACAUAAAGAUUCUCAGGUUUGCCUCUCUGUACAGGACAGAGAUCACGUUGAAUAGUUAGUCUAUCUAAGGGUAUUUCUAUGGGCUUACAGAUUUUUCUCCUAUAGACUGUUCCCAAGACUACUUCAAAAGAGGUGAACGGACAGAGCAGAGGUUCUGCCAAUCUUUCCGUACUGGCCAAACACGAGCCAGUUUUCGGCCUUGGUGGAGAUGACUUUCAAGAUCUCAAACACUUUUGGAAGACCGAAUAUCCUGCUGGAAGUGUUUGAAUAGGUUCUUAUUGACGGUGGGGCAACUGCAUGGUGGAUUCUUCAUCUCCUGAGUCUUCAUGAGUCAGUCCACUUGUUGCGUAUAAUCUUCUAGUCGUUCCACCUCUUACUUUACAUGAGGAUUUGGGUAGUUUCUACAUUGUUGUAAGGAACGUCAUUGUCGUCUAGUUCAUUUGUCCAGUUGGUUCAUAUUUACACUUCCUGCAGGAGAUUUCCACAGGUUGGACGUUUUCACGUUAAGACCAAAUUGUAUUCCCCAAGUUAUUUCUGAGAAGGGAUUGGUCUUAGUAUAUACUGGUUAGAAGUUUCUUUAAAGCAAUAGGCUUCUUAGACCACCCAGUAAGUUCUGUUUCCCUCCUGGGAUCUUUCUUCAAUCUUUCAGGUCCCUUUUUACUUUGGAGGUGGUUCCUUUUUUAAUAUGCUAAAGCUUAACCAGCAUUUUUAGUGGCCAUUACCUCUGCCAAGAGUGAACGAGCUUCAGGAUAUAUCUUUGGCGGGAUUUCUUAUAUUCCAUCAGGAUGAAAGUUGUUUCAUCCUAAAACUUAAAUUCUUCCAGUUAUCUUUGAGAGCCAUUAACAAGCUCAUCCUUCUAUAAUUAUGCUGCUGAACUAGAUGGCGUUUUGUAGAGUUAAAAUAAGCACAUUUCAGAUGUAUCAAUAUCAGCCAAAUUCAGAAGAUAAGAUCACCUGUUGUCAACUUCUAGGAAAGUUUUAAGGGGAAUGAAGCCUUUUGUAAUUCCAUUUCUCGUUAUUUCGUCAAUCAUAAGGCCUAUGCUUCAGUAGUUUUGAUUCGCCAGUGUCUAUCACAGCGCAUUCCACAAAGGCAAUAGCUACUUCGUGGGCAGAGAAAAGCUCUUGCUUCACCUGAAGAAAUCCGCAUAGCUGCUUCUUGGACAGCUUUUAGUACCUUAAAGGAACACUAUAGUUACUUUAGCUAAAUAAAGCAGUUUUAGUGUAUAGAUCAUUCCCCUGCAAUUUCACUGCUCAAUUCACUGUCAUUUAGGAGUUAAAUCACUUUGUUUCUGUUUAUGCAGCCCUAGCCACACCUCCACUGGCUGUGAUUGACAGAGCCUGCAUGGAAAAAAAAAACUGGUUUCACUUUCAAACAUAUGUAAUUUACCUUAAAGGACCACUAUAGUGCCCUGAGGGUGUCCCCACCCUCAGGGUCCCCCUCCCACCUAGGGGGAGGAAGGGGUUAAACUUACCUCUUUCUCCAGCGCCGGGCGGAGAGCUCGCCUCCUCUCCUCUUCCUUGGCUGAAUGCGCAUGCGCGGCAAGAGCCACGCGCGCAUUCAGCCAGUCUCAUAGGAAAGCAUUCACAAUGCUUUCCUAUGGACGCUGGCAUCUUCUCACUGUGAAAAUCAGUGAGAAGCACGCAAGUGCCUCUAGCAGCUGUCAAUGAGACAGCCACUAGAAGGUGGAUUAACCCUAAUAUAAACAUUGCAGUUUCUCUGAAACUGCUAUGUUUAUAGAAAAAAGGGGUUAACCCUAGCUGGACCUGGCACCCAGACCACUUCAUUAAGCUGAAGUGGUCUGGGUGCUUAUAGUGGUCCUUUAAAUAAUUGUAUCUCAAUCUAUAAAUUGAACUUUAAAUUACAUACAGGAGGCUCUUGCAGGGUCUAGCAAGCUAUUAACAUAGCAGGGGAUAAGAAAAUCUUAAUUAAACAGAACUUGCAAUAAAGAAAGCCUAAAUAGGGCUCUCUUUACAGGAAGUGUUUAUGAAAGGCUGUGCAAGUCACAUGCAGGGAGGUGUGACUAGGGUUCAUAAACAAAGGGAUUUAACUCCUAAAUGGCAGAGGAUUGAGCAGUGAGGCUGCAGGGGCAUGUUCUAUACACCAAAACUGCUUCAUUAACCUAAAGUUGUUCAGGUGACUAGUGUCCCUUUAAAAAAAUAUGAGGCAUUUUCAGGCUAGAUGUACUCUCUGCCUCUAAAAUUGCGUUAGGGCGUAGGUACUUAAAGCUGUUUGGGAAUCUUGCUAUAUCCCAUACGUACUUCCAUCAUAUGUCAGAAAAAUAUGAAAUUUUGUACUCGCCGUAAAUACUUAUUUUCUUAAUAUGGUGGCAGUACAAAUCUCCCUCCCACUAAAUUACAAUUUUGCUUAGGUGUGUAUUCUUGCUACGACUGAGGUGGUUUUGCCGGAGGAAGCCCUUCUACUAUUACUGGCAGUGGGGAGGGGGAGAGAUUGGACAGCUAAUACUGGCAAUGUUUUUUUUUUUUUGGAGGGGGGGGGGCAGAAUUGGACAGCUAAUACUGGCUGUGGAUUGUUGUGGCUCCUGCACUCCUCAUGGAAUGGGGGGAUAGAUUGACCAAUGGAGGUGGGUGACCUACAAAAAUAACCAAUAAUAUUCUUGCAUUUUCACAUGCUAAACCUUGCUAGUAAUUUUAAGAACUGAAUCUUUGCUUCUGUGCAUGAAUAGGUUUAUAAUCUCUAACAUGAUUGUGCUAUCAUUAGUCUUCAUACGCUUUUCAACCCAUUGUUUGCAUUAUCUGGUAAAACUAGACCGUUACUGAUUUAAAGUAACACUCCUCCCACCCCAUGGUUAUUUAAUCUCCAUGAUCUUAGGGAGUGACUGAGCACCAUCUUUCCUUCAUGGGUGAAACCGUUUUCCAGUGGCUUGCCCCCACAGUUGAUUUCCCUGGUGCCUGACACCUUUAUCUCCUCCCUAUCUACCUCCAGGCCUCCGCAGUGAACAGGAUGGUUUUCCAGAGCAGCUGGUGAUAGGCUGAGAGUGUCAUCUGAUGCUGUCAGUCUGUCACUGUUAGAGUAAUAGUACAUACUAUGUAUUAGUACGCAACGCGGCAAGGGUUAAAUGUUGGAAGAUGGCUCCCAGACACUCCUUCCCUGUAACAACGUACGCUUUCAUUAUUUCACUUAAUUCUAUCCAUAAUUUUGAUCUAGCUAUUUUGUAUAAAUGUGGAUUAUGUUAACAAUAAAAAUAUUUAGCCAAUCCAUAACCUGCAAACAUGCUUGAUGAUUCUUAACUGUCAAAUGUGAAACAUGGUAUAAAAGUCUUUACUUUUACAAACUUAAUGCAGAUAUUGACUAACAAAUGCAGAGGCAGCAUUCCACCUCACUUCUGUAUCGUAAUGAUCUGCGGUCAGCAUACCCAUAUCUUAAUAACCAGUACUGGCCCAAACACGUACAUUCUAACUGAACUUUUAUUUGCAUUCUUAUCAAAUAGUUUUUCUUUGCCUUUGCCCUCCAGAAUCAGUUGCAUAUACACUGCGCAAUAUCAUGUAGGUUCCCCUCGUGCUGUCUAAUGACUCUGAAUAGUCAAUGCAUGGACUCCACAAGACCUGAACAUGUCCUGUGGUAUCUGGCACAAAGACAUUAGCAGCAGAUCCUUCAAGUGUUGCAAGGUGGGGCCUCCAUGGAUCGGAUUAAGGCAUGUCCCACAGAUGCUCAAUCAGAUUGAGAUCUGGGGAAUUUGCAGGCCAAGGCAACACCUUGAACUCAUUGUCCUGUUUCUCAAACCAUUCCUGAACAAUUUUGCAGUGUGCAUUAUCCUGCUGAAAGAGUACACUGCCAUCAGGGAACACCAUGAAGGGGUGUUUGUGGUCUGCAAUAAUCUCUAGGUAGGUGGUACUGUCAAAGUAAUAUCCACAUGAAUUGCAGGAUCCAAGGUUACCCAGCAGUAUAUUGCCCAGACGCGCGCACACACCCUGCUCUCCACCUUAUCUAAAAAUAAACGUAAUUCAUCAGACCGGGAAACCUUCCAUUUAUCCAUGGUCAUGUCCCCAAUGAAGACGCUUUUGGCAGUGCACAGUGGUCAUCAUGUGCACUCUGGCCUGCCUGUGGCUAAGCAGCACACAACGAUGCACUGUGUUCUGACUCCUUUAUCUCAUGCCCAGCAUUACUUUUUUCAGCCAUUUGAGCUACAGUAGCUCUUCUAUGUGAUCAGACCAGAUGGGCUAGCCUUGGGUUCCUAUGUGCAUCAGGGAGACACGGUUGCCCUUGACCCUGAUGCUGGUUCACCGGUUGUCCUUUUUUGAACCAAUCUGGGUAGAUACUAACCACUGCAUACCGGGAACACCCCACAAGACUUGCCGUUUUGGACCCAGUCGUCUAGCCAUCACUAUUUGGCCCUUGUUAAAGUCACUCAGAUCUUUUCGAUUAUCCUUUUUUGCCUGCUUUCAACACUUGAAAUUCAAGAACUUACUAUUAACUUGCUGGCUAAUCUAUCCACCCCAUGACAGGUGCCAUUGUAACAAUAUAUAAUCAAUGUCAUUCACUUCACAUGUCAAUGGUUUUAAUGUAGUGGCUGAUUAGUGUAUUCUUUCCAUUUUAUGUUUAUUUAAAAAAAGAAUUGUCAAGCAGAGGGUAAUGUACUCCCUACUUUGUUUUAUAUCUUACGCCACAAAUUCAGUGGAAUUUGAACACUGAGUAUAUUUCAUUUUUUUUUUUUUUUUAAAUUUUUUUUGUGGGCGGAGCAAAUAGUCUUUAAGAGUGUCCAAAUGUAGAUCUCUAGCUGUCGCAGUAUAGAAUACCCUGUCUAGUGUUCACUGUCUAAGCUCCCCCUUUGUUUUUGUGCAGGUGUGUGUAAGAUGUAUGAAGAGCAUUUGAAGAGAAUGAAUCCCAACAGCCCGUCCAUCACAUACGACAUCAGUCAGCUGUUUGAUUUCAUUGACGAUUUGGCAGAUCUCAGCUGUCUUGUGUAAGUUUCUAAGUAAAUUGGAUCAUAAAAUGUUCACUUAAAGAACUACUCCAAACAUCAUAACCACUACAGCCCGUUUAGAGAUGGUUUGCCCACUUACCUGUGAUGCGUUUCUGGCUUCUGCAGGAGUCGUAAACCACGGCUGUUGAUAUUCAUUGGUUUAGCAUGCCUGCUGACCACUUUCAGCCCAAAAGUUGUACAGCACUGAUAUUAGCGUUCCUGGCUGGCUGAAUACACCCCUAUGAUGCUGCCGGAGGUGGAGUUAAACCUGGUAAUGGGGUUAAUCUCCAUAUGUACCCUUUUUUUUUUUUAUUUAUUUAUUUUUUAAAGCGAAAUGCUGCACUUACAGACUCCAGACACUAUAACCACUUUAAAUUACUGAAGGGAUCUUGGUGCUUGGAAUAAUCCUUUAUAAAUAAAACAGCUUGGCUCCAUACACUAGAUCUUUCCAAUGGCUCUUAUAUUUUCUUACCUGUAGAGUCAUCCUUAGUACAUCAGAUUAAAGAGAGCUAUCAUCCCAGGAUUUUUAAUAUUUAGCUUGCUUAUCCUUUAUAAGGACACGUCAUCAUUUUCCACUGGUAGGCUGAGAAUGUCAGUCACCAAUUCUUCUCCGUGAUUCCCUUCUCUUGUCAAUAUGGUAACAGAAGGGACAGGAGCACAGACAUCUGAGUCCAUCUAAAGGUCCGAUGAUACCUUCGAGGGAAGAAAGUCCCUUUUUAAACUUUCCUAGUUUUUGUUAUGCAAGGUCGAGCAUAAUCAACCCAAUGUAGGAUACUGAACUGUAUGUUUUGUGAGAUUAAAUGCAUAGGAAAGACAAUAGCUGAUCAAAAUAUUCAGUAGAUAGUGGGGCAGUCAUGUAAGAAAGAUAGUCAUAGCUAUCGAGCAAAUUAAAUUCCCCUCGUAUAAAUAAAAAGUAUGUCCACAUCAAUAAGGUAGUAGAAUACAUUCCCUAAACAAAUCUGUGAGGUACUACAACGGAUCUUUGGUGACAUGUAUACCAGAAUUAGAUUGAUGUUCAAAUAGGUUGUGUAAUUUAUUUUAACAUUGUUCUAGCAUUCAUGUUCUUGUCUAUAUAGAGCAGUUCAUACUUUUCUUCCUAGAAAUCAGUUCUCAUUUCGUAUUGCUUUCAUUUGCCAACAGUAAGCAAUAUAGCUGACAGCUGCUGUCUGAUUAUAUCCCCGGCUAGUCAUCUUCUAACAGCUAGUGACUAAUAGAUUAUGUCAUAUACUGCAGUAAAUGCAAGGCCAUCAGGAGGACAACUGCAGAUAUGACUCUUACAGGCUAAUCAAUGUUUUACGGAUAAAAAGAACAAAGAAAAAAAAAUAGCAUGCCAUAUAGUGUUAGAAGAUGCAAAUUGAAACCACUUAUUUUACUGCCAAACCAUUUGAGAUUUGGAAGGGGGUGUUUUUGUUUAUUUAUUCUACCCAAAGAAGUGCUAUUCUGUAUAAUCAAAUACCUUUUUAUAAAUUAAGGGUUAAAGAGCAGGCCGCUCUCCAGCUGUUAUGGAAUAUGAAGUCCCAUGAUGCAGAAUAAGUAGCCAAAUACGGUCACGUCCUUUUAGGAUGAGCAUAGAAUUGAUUCAAAACCAUUCUAGAUCUACAUGUUGAUCAUAGCUGACCUACACAACAUUACAUUUUCCUUGUAGAAUCUACCCAUGCAGACCUGAUGCAUUUCUCCUAGUUAAAGGUUUACCCUGCUUUGUCUACAGGUAUCGUGCAGACACUCAGACUUAUCAGCCCUACAACAAAGACUGGAUCAAGGAGAAGAUUUAUGUGCUACUGCGUCGGCAGGCCCAGCAAGCUGGCAAAUAGUGGGCGUCCUAGCUCACGUGUACAGCGCACAGUAGUGGGAGUUUUGUUUUGUAAUAUAGUGGUUUGUGUUUUAUUUCAGCUAAAGGAGACAGAGUUUUGCCCUAUGUGGGGAAAUGCUAUAUGUUAACUUUUUUUAUAUAUAUAUUUACGUAUUCAGAGUGGUUUCAAAGACCAUCCGCAGUAAGCAUUGCUUGCUGAAUCCUCGGUAAACUCAUGACCCGAUGCCUUGUCACUACAGAGUACAGAUCUACCAGUUCAGGAUAGCCUGGCUGCACAGAACAUUUCAGAGACCCACGCAUUUGGCAGAUAAAACAUGUUCAAACGUUAUUUUAGUGGAACAAAUAAAAAAACGAAUAGUUUAAAUAUUAUGCUUUUGUUUUGUUUUUUUCCCCCUCAUAAACUGGAAACAGUGGGUACAAAUUGUUUAAUGGUUG